AUGUCGGGGGGGGACGAUUUUUACGUGCGAUACUAUGUUGGACACAAAGGGCAGUUCGGACACGAGUUUCUGGAGUUCGAGUUCCAGCCGGACGGCAAGCUCCGGUACGCGAACAACUCGAACUACAAGAACGACACCAUGAUCCGCAAGGAGUGCUACGUCACCAAGGAGGUCCUCGCGGAGCUCAAACGCAUCAUUCUGGACUCGAAGAUUAUCGAGGAGGACGACUCGAACUGGCCGGAGCCGGACAAGGCCGGCCGGCAGGAACUCGAGGUGGUGUGUGGGCCCGACCAUAUCUCUUUUGCGACUACCAAGAUAGGGUCGAUGGUGGAUGUCAACAACUCGAAGGACCCCGAGGGCCUCCGGACCUUCUACUACCUCGUCCAGGACCUCAAGUGCCUCGUCUUCUCGCUCAUCCAACUCCAUUUCCGCAUCAAACCUAUUUGA